GUACGCGAUUAGAUACCCUGAAGAUAUAUAUUGAGAAAUUUCAUUGAGACGAGGGCGAAGUAAAAUUGAUAAAUUGUAGAAAUGCUGGGACUGAGAGUGUUGAUUAUCGCGGCUUUCUGCGUGGUUGGAUCCCUCCAGGAUACACCCUUUACAAAAUGCAAAGCUGGUGGGCCGGCACCGGAAGCUCUGAGGGUGAAGGGAUGCAACACGACACCCUGCAGAUUCGUGAAGGGAAAGGACGUCGAGGCAGAGUGGGACUUCAACGUAGUUGCUGACGCCGAGGCCCUGAAGCCCGUGGUCAAAGCCAAAGCCCUGGGGAUAACCGUCGACUACCCCCUGCCAGAGCAGGACGCCUGCAAAUCCCUGGUCAAUGGGGAGUGUCCCCUGGAAAAAGGUGAACUAGUGUCCUACGGCCUCAGGAUGCCAAUUCUCAAGGCCUACCCCAAGGUCGACCUUCAUCUGACAUUCUUCCUGGUCGAUCCCCAGAAAAAUGUCCACGUCUGCUUCGAGAUCGACGCCAAAGUCGUCGACAAUUAAUACUUAUGAAGAAUAAUUAACAUAAU